CCCCAAAGUCUGCGGCAAAUUCACCCACGCGCAGAGGCAUGAAUCUGUGUCAGUAACCCAAGGACCCCGGAAACCGUGGCCUCCGCGGUGGUAGGGACCUGGGCUGGCGACGUUUGCCCAUGCAGGACGAGGGUCUCUGCGUUCCCUUCGCGCUGCUGCAGAUAAGAUCGGGCGGGGUGCCCGAGGUGGGGUGCAGCUAUAAGGAGGCCCAGGCGGCGGGCGCGGCCCCCAGAGCACGCCACGCCAGCGCGAUGCUCAACGCUCAGGAGCGCGCCCACAUCGAGCAAGUCUGGGACCUGAUCGCCGGACACGAGGCGCCCUUCGGGGCGGAGCUGUUGCUCAGGCUUUUCACCGUGUACCCCAGCACCACGCUCUACUUCAAACACCUGGGCGCCUGCCCUGACGAGGUGCACCUGCUGAGCCACGGACAACGCAUGUUGGAGGCGGUGGGAGUGGCUGUGCAGCACAUGGACAACCUGCGCGCGGCCCUGAGCCCGCUUGCCGACCUGCAUGCGCACGUGCUACGAGUGGACCCUACCAACUUCCCACUGCUGAUCCAGUGUUUCCAGGUGGUGCUAGCCUCCCACCUGCAGGACGAGUUCACGGUGGAGAUGCAGGCGGCGUGGGAUAAGUUCCUGACCGGCGUGGCCAUAGUACUGACCGAGAAGUACCGCUGAGCGGGGGGGCCUAGGUCUGUGCAUGUCAAUAAACAGGCCUCAAA